GGUAUUAUCCUAUCAGAAAGGAACAAAUUCGCGAUCAUGAUCUAUCAACAGGAUACUAACAGACUAUCUACGUCUCUGAAAGCGUCGUCAUUCGCCGCUUGUUGAUCAUCAUCCAUCAUCCGAAUCUUUCCCACUUACUAUAUAUAAGCUUUCAGCAAAACCGAACCACUGUGGUACUGCAUAAAAAAAGAAUUCUGCCAACAUCAUCUAGAUUCUUCUCCCAAGGUGCAAUCAACACGGUGCCGAUUUUGGAGGAUUUCCCCACCUUUAGAGCUUAAACUCGAACUACCCAUACCCAAAAAAAUCCCUUCAGAGAACAGAGAACAGACAACGAACAACACGCACGCAACCAGCCGAGCUCCUAGAAGCAACAUUGUGACUCGAUUUUACAUUCGAAGGCCUUCAUCGCAGACAUUGUCACUUCAGGAAAUAUACAGAAGGCUUUUUAAUCGCGGAUUCGACGCGAUUCACACAGGUUGCCCAAGAUGAUGUCAGGAGAGGCAUGGCUGUACCUGUUGGCGGUGCUUAUCAAUGCCGUCAAUCUGUUCUUACAAGUAUUCUUCACUAUCAUGUAUAGCGAUCUCGAGUGUGACUACAUCAAUCCUAUCGAUCUUUGCAACCGUUUGAACACGUACAUUAUCCCCGAAGCCGCGGUUCAUGGUUUCUUGACCUUGUUAUUCCUUAUCAACGGUUACUGGGUUGCGCUCGUUCUCAACCUGCCACUUGUGGCAUUCAAUGUUAAGAAGAUUGUCGAUAACGCACAUCUUCUUGAUGCCACCGAAAUUUUCAGAAAGCUCAAUGUCCACAAGAAGGAAUCCUUCAUCAAGCUCGGUUUCCAUCUUGUCAUGUUCUUCUUCUACCUCUACUCUAUGAUCGUUGCCUUGAUCCGGGACGAGUCGCAUUGACUUAAGAAUAACAUCGGCGACCGGUAUAGAGUGGAGGCAUAGGUAUAGCUAUAGGUUCUAAGGUCAAGGGCAGAGCUUGCUCGACGAGACGGAGCUGAAAAAUUACGAAAAAUGGGUGGCAGGUUUUACAUGUGCCAUGAUCUCUACGAUAUGUUAACUACGAAUGGUAUGGCUGAAUGAAUGGAUGAACGGUGGUAGUUUGGGUGUAAUGGUAGUGCUCUUUCCAUUGGUUUUGAGCCUGACAGGAAAACGGGGAGAGUUCCAUAAUGGGCGAGCUUCGUAGAAAGUUUCUUGUGGAUAGAUACCUAACAUGCUAUAAACGGCACGUUUUUUGAUAUGAAUGAAUCUUGUUAACUUGCGAUUAUCAAAUAUCAAAAAUCUCGCUUUCAUUAUAAUAUAAGCA